CCCACGAUUGCAUACCAUGGCAUCUCAUGUAUCGGCGCCACCUGCACCCCCGUUAUUCGAUGCUGCCCCUCAUCCUCCCCCACCUCCCCCGCCAUUGCAUACCAUGUCAUCUCGUGGGUCAGCACCACCUGUACCCCCAUUGCCUCCUCCGAAGUUAGCUGGGGCCGGCAAUGCUUCACAAAAACCAUCAGUAACCCGACCACCGCCACCUCCACCAGGCCCACCUCCUAAGAAUUCCUCAAACUCUUUGCCAAGCAAAGGAGCCGUUGUCAGUGCUGCCCCUCCCCCGCCUCCUACAUUAUCAUUUGGUGCAAAGGGCCGCAGCGCAGUCCGGUCAAAAAGCCCUAGAGGUUUGCGUGCCAACCAGCCAUCCAAGAGGACACCUCUGAAGCCAUUACACUGGGUAAAAGUGUCAAGAGCAACACAGGGAAGCUUAUGGGCAGAUACACAGAAGGCUGAUGAAGCAUCUAGGACUCCGGAGAUUGAUCUGUCUGAGCUUGAAAGUCUUUUCUCAGUAUCCAUGCCAAGUACGGAUGCAAAACGGACACGCCAACGUCCUCCUGUUGCAUCAAAACAAGAAAAAGUUCACUUGAUUGACCUCCAGCGUUCAAAGAAUUGUGAAAUUAUGCUGCGGAACAUUAAGAUGCCAUUGCCUGAUUUGAUGGCUUCAGUGCUUACCCUUGAUGAUUCCAUCGUCGAUGGUGAUCAAGUAGAUUAUCUGAUAAAGUUCUGCCCAACUAAGGAAGAAAUGGAACUGCUCAAAGGUUAUACAGGCAGCUUAGAUAAUCUAGGAAAAUGUGAGCAGUUCUUCUUGGAAAUGAUGAAAGUGCCAAGGGUGGAGUCAAAACUGAGAAUCUUAUCCUUUAAGAUAAAGUUUCUUACACAGGUUGCAGACGUGAAAAAUAACUUGAAUACCAUUAAUGAUGUUGCUGAAGAGGUUAGGAACUCUGACAAGCUUAAGCGAGUGAUGCAAACAAUUCUUUCCUUGGGGAAUGCAUUAAACCAAGGAACUGCAAGGGGUUCAGCCGUUGGAUUUAGAUUAGAUAGUCUUCUUAAGCUCAUUGAUAUACGGGCACGAAACAAUAAGAUGACUCUCAUGCACUAUUUGUGCAAGGUUCUUGCAGGCAAGCUUCCUGAAGUUCUUGAUUUUGUUAAGGAUCUUGCGCAUUUAGAACCCGCCACAAAGAUCCAAUUGAAAGACUUGGCGGAGGAAAUGCAAGCGAUAACUAAGGGACUGGAAAAGGUCGAGCAGGAACUGGCAACAUCUGAAAAAGAUGGUCCAGUGUCUGAGACGUUUUACAAGAAACUGAAGGAAUUUCUGGCUGAUGCCCAAGCUGAAGGGAGGUCAUUAGCUUCGCUUUACAGUACAGCGGGGAAAAGUGCGGACUCUCUAGCACAUUAUUUUGGUGAAGAUCCUGUGCGGUGUCCGUUUGAGCAAGUUGUCUCUACUCUGCUGAGCUUUGUGAAAACUUUCGAGCGGGCGCAUGCCGAGAAUCUCAAGCAGGCGGAGGCGGAGAAGAAGAAAGCCCAGAUGGAAGCCGAGAGAGAGAAGGCGAAGGCAGCCGCCGCUCACAAGAAGGCGGGGUCGCCGGAGCCGGGAGUUUCCAACCGAUGACCCGUCGUCGAAGCUAGACAUGACUGAUUCCCACUAAUUUCUUACCAUGAAAGUGGAGGCCAGGAAGACAAAGCUCCGUGUAAAAAGGUCAAGAAAAGGAAAAAAAAAGUCACAGGCAAUAGUGCAUACCAAUGUGGCAAUGUGAUAUUGAUAGGUAGACUCUGUUGAUAUAGCGACGCGUUUAGCACAUAGCCGUGUAGUGCACUGCUGCUCACUGUCCAUAGGGAAGUAAAGCUCAUACAGUUUUGUACUGCUGCUCACUGUCCAUAGGGAAAGAAGUUGGUAGUACAUACAGAUGUUGUAUAUUUUGGGGGGUUCUCCCCAUGCCGACAGACAAAUUUUGUAAAUGGUUCCUUCCAUACGUGUAAAACUAUGUACAUUUCCCAUGUGUCGCUGUUGUACGAUGUGAUGUAACAUUGUUGGUACUAAACUAAGCAGUCAGAAACAGUCCAUAUUUACAUGAUUAUUUCAUGAUGU